AUGUCCGGAACCACACCCGAGGCAAUCGAAGCAAACAUAGAACCGGCACGGCCAAUUCCGGUCUGGGCCUCGUCAACAAUUAAGAGCAUUCCACGAAGCUCACAUUGGUGCUUCAUUUCCUUCAGAUAUCCAUCUGGAAGGACAAGCAUACCACCAGACGACAAGACCGGCUCUAAGAUAACGGCAGCUAGAGAGCCAACAGAAGAAGCGUCAACCAAAGACCACCCUUGGGCCGUGACCGGAUCUACCAGACUGGUAGGUACAAGAAUUUGCAUUUCCUGUCAUUCCAUGCCAGGACAAGGAGAGUCCAACUAUCUCAAACUUUCCGGUGUAGGUCUUGGCAAGCUUAAUAGCACACUCGUUAGAUUCCGCUCCCGUGCUGAGAAAGACAGAUCUAUCCAACCCUUCAGGUGUCAAUGCAGACAGUUUGGAAGCAAGAUCAACAACUGGCGGACACAACAUACCAGAAAAGAUGUGAUCCAGAUUGUAAGCAUAAUUGGAAAUUACUUCCCCAAUUUCCUCGUUGCAAUGUCCAAUCAGACAGGACAUCUGACCCGAGGUGAAGUCAAGAAUCUUUUUACCUUCAUUAGUGUAGACGUAUAA